CAUCUUCUGCAGCUAAACUCUUCCCUUCGGUAAGCUCUCCAGUUCUGUCACAUGAACAGACAGAGGAGAGAUAAAAACAGAGAUGUAAAUACUCAGAAACCCACGAUUUGAAGAGUUAUGGAGUCUGUAUGUUUAAAAUUGCGUCUGUUGUAUCUGACAGCACUGGUGGCUGUCACAUCAGGAGGAAAGAUGAAGAUAGUGGAGGAACCUAAUACAUUUGGGCUGAAUAAUCAGCUUGUGUCUCAGUAUAGUCGUCUGCAGGCGAAGAUCAGCCCAUCUCCAGUAUCUGGACCUCCACAUCUGCACAGACUGGCAGGGAAAUGUUACAACUACAUUGAAGCCACGUACAAAUACGUGUUUUGUCCAUUUCACAACGUGACUCAGCAUGAGCAGAGUUUCAGAUGGAACGCAUACAGCGGUAUCCUGGGUAUCUGGCAGGAAUGGGAGAUUGAGAAUAACACAUUUACUGGCAUGUGGAUGCGAGAAGGAGAUUCAUGCGGAAACAAGAACAGACAGACCAAGGUUCUCCUGGUCUGUGGGAAUAGCAGCAAACUAGUGAGUGUUUCAGAGCCACAGACGUGUGUUUAUUCUCUGACGUUUGAGACGCCACUUGUUUGCCAUUCACACUCCCUCUUAGUGUAUCCGGUUCUGAGCGAGGCGUUGCAGAAGGAGUGGGAUGAAGUUGCUCAAGCUCGAUAUGAAGAUCUCAUCACAGAACAGGGAUAUAAUAAGCUGCUGAAGGAGCUGUUUGAAGAAGCUGGUCUCCUGAGAAAAGCUCAACAGCCGAAAGCAGAGAAGAGCGCGACGUCUCUCACACAUCAGAGUCUGGAGCAGUGCACACAGGAUUUUGAAAAGCAGAGAGCGGAGAUAGAGCAGCUGCAAUCGCUCCUAACACAACAUAACAUCUCCUACCAGACGACAACAGGCAGUACACGGUAUCAGGGUCCCUCACCCGUCCAGGACCAACACCUCCGCGGUGACACCGGCUUUAUCCCUGAUCUACACUGAGAUGGCCAUCAGGAUCACAAAACCCUCGGCUAAUCAUUCAGGAAAUUAAUGCUACUGUGAGAUAAUGGUAUUUAGUGAUUUUUUUUAAAUUUGAUUUGACUUGACAAUGUGUUAUGAAAAAUAAAGCAUUUAUGUAUUAAGAAA